AUGGCGCCGUUUUUCGUUUACGCGUCUUUUCUCCUCGGCGCGCUCGUUCGGUCGAGCUUGGCGUUUAGGGUGAAGCACGCCAGCGAACUGCUAGGUGCCGGACAAAAGAUGCAAACACCUGCUUCGCCUUCUUUCUCCCAGAUGGGAGUGUUCCUGGAGCCCAAGCUGAUACCCGACCUAGAUGGGAACAUGGUGGUAUCCUUCCUCCACACCAGUCCCACCUCUUCUGCUGAGGCCUACGACAGCGUCUCGCUGCCGCGGAACUCUAAGAAGUACGACGUUGGAGGAAUUGUACAAGGCGUAGUCAAGGGAGACCCCGUCACGGUCAUCCUGGGUACCACGACCGGCGCACGCUUCGACAUCCUCUACGAAGCCACGGUCUCGGCAGAGCAGCCCGAGUUCAGGUUCCAGGUGCCACACGGAAAGUUCUACCUCAAAGUAGAAGGGUCCGGCUACAGGUUGCCUGGUGUUACGACGGUAGAGAGGCCCUGCAAGGGGCAACUCUGCCCCUUCAGCAACGCCGACUCGAAACUGGACAUCGAGCGGCUGCGCGGCAAGCCAGGAGUGUACAAGUACACGUGGACGCUGCAGAACGCAGCGCAGUACGGCGUGGAAAGCCUCACCCAAAUAGACCACAAUGAGGCGUCGGUGUACAACGCGGAAAAACCAGGAAUAGAGUCAAACAUCGACUACAGUGACGCCGCUGCCAAACUCAAGCUUAACUACGGUAUUGAACUUCACGGAUCGUGGGGAAGCGAGUAUGCCAACAGGCUUUUGGGAAUUGUAGAUGGUUGGGAGUUCUACAAACAGUUGUACAACAGUAACCAGAGGGUCCAGAAGUGGGUUCUCACCGACGAGCCGUUGUACCCCCAGGACGUAUCCAUCACCAACUUUGCAAAGACGUCCCAUGACAGCCCUCUGCACGGUGCGCCUAUGGAUCUCCCUAGGGAAGAAAACUCAAAGUACACGCAGAUUGUGACCCUCUCCAAGCUCGCCUUCACCUACGCCGUUAGACGAACGGUAGACGGGGAUAACCGGAGACGCACCUACUUCUCCAGGAGGCUGCACAAGGCUGUGAUCCGCGCGCUGUGCCUGCACAAUCCGGACAUCAUGCGAGCACUCUUCUACCACAUGCACGAUAUAAAUCUUAUUGAACCACAAUACAUCCACCCGCGGAUGAUCAACGGAAGACCUCUCACGAAGUUCCCCUACACCGACUAUCAGUCAUGGUUCAAGCACCCGGAGGAGCUCGUCGAAAUUGCGACGACCUGGAGUGAGUACCCGCCCGGAUUUCAAAAGAUCAAGGGGCUUAAGUACUUGCUGCGCAGGCAGGAUGGCACAGUGAACCCAGAUGAACCCACCGCGCCCGCGGUUGCGUACCCAAGGGGACCGGAUACAGACUCGUACAUCGAGUUCAUGGAAUCUGGUUUCCACAACUACCCGGAUAUCCCCAGCCUUAUCAUCCACGAGUUGGGCCACUUCGUACACUCCAACGUAGUGCCGGCAGACCUGUUCGCGAAAUGGCAGGAAAUUGGUGGGUGGUUCAAGGACCCUAACGACCCCGACGGAUGGUCAACCAGGCAGCAGACGGAGUUCGUGAAUGCAUACGGGCACAAGAAAAACCCGUCUGAGGAUUUCGCCACCUGCAUUGCCGACUACGUCCUCAAUCCUAACAAGAUUAAAAGCAGGGCUCCGCGCAAGUUCGAAUUUAUGCGCAAUAACGUCAUGAACGGCUCUCACUACGUGACCAAGGCGUCCCACGAGUUCACAGUGCUCAACCUUGGCAACCCAGACUACAUGUACCCUGGAAGGAUAAUCCGUAUCGAUGUCAAGGUCGUCGGAAAGGUCAACGACGACAAGCGUGCGGAAUUCAGGUUCCAGUUGGCCAAUAACGGAGAAAAAUCUUGUGCCACCAAUGGAAUGUUCAGGCUGACGUCCAGCGCAAAGACUUUCGUCGAUGUACCCAUGGUGGCGGACGGAGCACGCUGCAGCCACGUCCUCAAGGGGCGCAUCACCAUCAACAAGACGCAGAAACGUGGAGUAUGGACCACUGAUCAGAUCAUUGUAGCAGACGAGAACCGCCUCGAACGAUACGUCGGUGCCGCCGAUUUCGGCCUGAGGGUGUGGGUAGACAACGGUGCUGAGGACUUCCAGCCGCCAAGAGCCUUGAUUCCAACGAUUGCUCUCAGCUUAGUGGAAGGAAGAGAAAACGCCAUCAUGAGAGCAACAUGGAUGGUCGCGGACGACGGGAUUUUGCGGGAGAAAGCCAGCGCAUACGCAGCUAUCUCCAACGAAAAAUUCGGGCAACACAGUUUAUCCAGUUUUAACCAAGGACUGGACCUGACGACCGGCGCAAAAGAUGACUGGCGCACGGAUAGGUGGGUUGGCAGCAGGAAGGUACCGUCCCAGAUGUGUGCCGCGGAAUAUGUGCGAAAACGCGAAACUAGCCCUGCACCUUACUUCAACCAAUACGCAUUCGAAGGAGAGGACCGUUUUGAUGGCUUAAGUCAGCGUGAGAUCGCGCCGGGGCUCUUCAACUGUUUCGAGGUGUCGGUCAACGUCCCGUUGAGCCCAGCCGCACGAUCUGGCGACUACCACCUGAGCAGCAUUAUCUCCUUCGAUUCGGCGGGUAACUCCCAGAUGCUUCAGUGGCCGAAAUCUCAAGGACCAUAUGUAACAUACCGAAACCGUCUAACCCAGGAAGACAACAGCAAACCCGAAGUACGCAACAUCUGCGUCGACAGCGAACCCACCAACAAACAUACCCCCAACGGAGAGACUAAGGUGGAUAUCUUUUUCGAAAUAAGGGACGUCCACAGUGGAAUUGCAGGGUUGAAGGCGUCGUUAAGGGACCCAUUCGGGGCAGGGUACACCGUCUACCCCAAGUUCGAGGAUCAAAAGGACUGGCAGAAAAUUCACUAUCAAUACAUGCUCCCCCGCGGAUCUAUCCCUGGUGUUUGGCAUUUGUCAGAAAUCUCUGUCCAGGACCAUGCUGGGAAUGAGCUGAGGGCUGAAUUGCACGAACGUGUGAUUGUCGUGACUAAGUGA